GUUUGAGGAAAAAGUGUGAGAAUGUUGGUGCGACUCUGUGAGUGUUUUUUUACAAUGUGAAUAAUAAUACUAAUAAUAAUAAAAAUUCCAAACAAAAAUGAUAAUAAUAACCGUGAGAUUUAGACUUGGAGACUGGGGAUAAAAAAAAUUCCCAUUCCCAUUUUCUGUCAAGGUCUCUCAUCUCCUACACCUAAGAACAACUAGAGUUUUUCGAUCACUGGUGCUUGUAAUCUGUUCCAUCAAACACGAAUUGCUGCUACUUCUUUCUCAAAUCUUCUCCGUUGGAACUGUGGUUGGUAACUUUUUUCUCAAAAUCAUGUGAUAUCAUCUUCAGAUUCAACACCAGUUCAUUCAGUGGAAAAGAGUGUGGAAGCUAGAGGGUGGCAUCAGCUAAAUGCAAGUUGUAACUAAGGAUUAGACUUUUAGUCCACUGCAAAGUUGAUGAAGCCUCUUUCAUACCAACUUCACUAGUCGCUGCUAAAUCACGAAAUUCACGUCUCGAAGCUUUGAACUAGGACUUGAGAAUGAAGAACCAAAGACCACUAGACCAUAUCUAAAAUUACAUGACAUGAGAAAUUCCUUGAAUGCUCAUGUAACUGUUGUCCAUUUAGAUGCACCUCAACGUAUCCCACUACGUAACCGUUGCCAAGGCACUGAAAGAAAAGAAGAGCCACAGAUGCCCCACUCAUUUAUCCAUCGAUUCAGACAAGGUGACAAAGUUAUGCAUAAAAGCAAGUAUCUUGACUCAGUUCAAAUGCUUGGGUGAAUUCAAGGGUCGAGAGAUUUGUUUUCCAUGUCUAGAAAAAUCACCAGUGGAAAAAAGUGUGGAAGCUAGAAGGUGGCAUCAGAUAAAUGCAAGUAGGCCUUCUAAUGCAGCACAACCCUUACAGUCCAGAGGCAUCAGUCUUAUUCCCAGCUUCGGUCUGCUACUCAGAGGAAUCAAUCUUAUUCUCAGCUUCGGUCUGCUCCUCAGGCAAGUCUAUAUCCUUUACAGGGCGGUUCUCUUUAGGUUGAGAUUGGCUGGCUAUGUCCCAAAUAACACCUCACAAGUUUUAUCUGGUUGUGAUAGUGUUGGGGAUAAUGCACAUGAUCGGGAGGAGAAGCAGGCAUUGUUCUCUCGCAGUGAGAAGCUGGCAGUUUGUUUUGGGCGUAUAAGCACAAAAGCUGGUGUGCCAGUAUACAUUUUCAAGAAUAUAAGAAUUUGCCAAGGUUAUCAUUGUGCUACGAAGGUCGUGCCUACCAUAUAUAUGACAGGGAAAUUGUUAUCAGAAAUCGCAAUAAUUUUUGUAGUUUCAGGCAAGGUUUAUGUUCUUCUUGUGAUUAUUGGUGAUCGGAACUGCACUAUGCUGACAAAUGCAGAGAGAAAUAAUUUAUGUAAUUUGUCAUUCGUUUAUAUUAUUACAUAUCUACGUAUUCUCAGUUAAGCCACCGAUGAAAGAAAGCUUGAAGGCAUAAUUAAAUAAUGGCGAAAGUGAGCUUCGUUCCGAUGGUCUGUACAUGUUGAAUUCUUGCAUGACAUUUGAAAUGGUGAAAUUAUAUUUUUCA